AUGAAGUUGAAGAUCAAGAUAAGUAACUUAGUUGGUGGCUGCGGGAUGGCGUACGCACUGACGGAUCGUGGUUUAAAAAAAUAUUUCAGCUAUGUUUACUUUGAUGAAGAUGCACACUUUGGUUUCUUGUUCUUCCUGCGCUUCAGAUCUACUUCUAAAUUUAAGUAACUCCCUUCAAGUUCAAAUUCAGUCUUCUUAUGAUUCAUAUGAUAUAAGUUUUACAAUAACAAUCGUCCAGCAACCUAGUCCUAGAUAGAUGAAGUUGAAGAUCAGAAUUGUAUUGUUCGGAUUGCAAGUUCAUCCUCUCGAUUUUCUUGCAUUUCCGUUCUUCAUCUUGAGCAUGUCUACUAUUGUCAUAUGGUAGGUGAAACUUUCUUUUUACCGCUAAGUAGACGUAGAGUGUUUUGUAUGGAAGAAAGACACCUGUAGAAGGAUUCGUGAAAUAAAAAAUUCAAAUGCAAAACUACACCCUUUGGUUUAAUCUGCUCCGCAGGCAUGGACGCGUGUGCAGAAGGAGCAAAGUUGAAAUAUGCACCGACAUCGUUUAGCGUCGUCGUAUUAAUGUCAUGCUUCCUUACAUGUCACCUCCACGUCGUGCGCGCAGAGAAAUAGACGUAACUGCGUAAAUGCGGGAUGAACUCCGAAUAAUUCUUUUUCUUCUACAAUGUGAAAUUUUGAUUUCGCUAUUGUAAAAAGAUCAACAAGAUACAGUCUGACAAACGUAGCAUAAAUAUCCUGGGCGACCUUUUUCGCAUAAAAGUAAAACGAAAAUGAACAGUAUUAACAUACAAAAACCACACGUGAAACUACAAUUAUAGUGCUAGAGUAAAGUGACCAUCAUAGUACUUAAUAGACAUCACACAUUAUCGCAACAUGCAUUUACGCGCUUGGCGCCACAGCGCACCGCUUUCUGUACAAUAACAGGAGGUUAUUUUUGUCGGCUGAAAGGACCAAGACGACUAUGGACGCACACGUAGGUGUAACUAGAGGCACAGCAGCAAGGAUAGGCUCGCUUGCACGUGUGCAGUACAUCAAGAUAUGACUUUACGUAUAAAUCAGAAUGAAGAGUUCUUCUCCAUUUGGAGUUGUAUUUUCAAUUCACUGUGGUACUGGUAUCUAAAAGAACGAAACAAACUUCUGGCUUGCAGCUGAGGCUACCUUUGAGCCUGAGCCGCCCGCGUCGCGUGCUGAUGUGUCUCUCUUGGGGCCAAUCAAGAGGCAUGUCAUGUCCUGUACUCUCUCUCCCAAAUGUAACUUUAGUAAGUACAAGAUCUGAUCAGAAU